AUGAUGAUUGAUUCACAGAUUUCUCAAUUGGAGGGAAUGAUUACUAGAAUGAGCUUUACAGAACUUAGAGAGGCAACUGGCAACUUCAACACACAUAAUUUCAUUGGGUUGGGAAAGAUUGGGAUAAUGUACAAGGCAGUGCUUCCAAAUGGUUGGCCACUUGCAGUUAAGAGGUUCUAUGAAUCUCCAUCUUUUGAAAAGCAAUUUGUAUCUGAGCUAUUUGCUCUUGGUAGAUUGAGACACAAUAACCUAGUUCCCCUCUUGGGGUACUGCAAAGAAAGGAAGGAAAAGCUUUUGGUGUACAAAUAUAUAUUGAAUGGUAACCUUUAUGAUUGGCUACAUGUAAUGGAGGGCAAUGAUAAGAUCUUGGAGUGGCAUUUGAGGAUUAAAAUUGCAACUGGGAUAGCAAGAGGCCUAGCAUGGCUUCACCAUAAGUGCGAUUUUCGUGUAGUCCAUCUUAACUUGAGUUCUACAUCUAUCUUACUAGAUAAGAAUUUUGAGCCCAAGAUAUCAAAUUUUGGAGGGGCAAAAAUAUCAAGUUCUGAAGGGGCAUUGUUCUUGGAUUCUAUUGACAUUGACUCAAGCAAUAGCUCUUUUGUAGACAGUGGAGUUUGGGAGUUGGGUUUUGUUAAAAAGGAUGUGUAUGACUUUGGAAUUUUACUACUUGAGCUAAUUAUAGGAAAGGAACCCAUUGAAAUCAAUAAUUAUUCGAAAAGUUCGAAUGGGAGUUUGCUUGAUUGGAUUACUCAUCUUUUGACUAGUUCUUCUAAUCUCUACAGUGUCAUUGAUAAAUAUUUGAUUGGCCGAGGGUUUGAUGGUGAAAUCUUUCAGUUACUUAGAAUUGCAUGUAUGUGCCUGAACCCUUUUCCUGGUCGAAGGCCUACAAUGCUUGAAUUAUACACUAAAAUUAGUAUUUUGGGGGAGAGACAUGGCAUCACAAAUGACACUAAGAUAUUGAGUCAAUUUGAAAUUGCUACUCCAAGUACCUCAAAUGAAAUUGUUGAGGUAGAAAUUACGUAG